UGGACCCUUAAUAGAUUGGACAUGUUUGGCCCAGGGCAACUGGUCUCUACUCUCCUGCCUGCAGUUUUCCAUUCACCUGCAGCUCACUUUUUCCCGGCAUUCCCAACCAGAUUGAGCUCUCAGCCUCAGAUUCUGAUCCCGGGGCCCUUUAUCAGCUACGAAACCUUGAGGAGUUAUCUGCAGCCAGAGCCAUGCAAGGAGGCUUUGCUCCUGGCCACACAGGCAGUCGGGAUGGGGCCACUCACAGAGGCCAUAGAUGAACAGAGGCCAGUGAAGCAGCGUCGCGCACGGGCCAACUACAGCAGCUGGCAGCUGGAGGAGCUGGAGAAGGCCUUCGAGACCACACACUACCCGGACAUCUUCAUGAGGGAAGCCCUGGCCCUCAGACUGGACCUCAUUGAGGCCAGAGUACAGGUUUGGUUUCAAAAUCGUCGUGCCAAGAUGAGGCGACAGCUGAAGCUCCAGGGCCAGCUUGUUGCUGGGUCUUAUGUAAAGAGAGACAGUGAUGAAACAUCUGAGAGAGUGAAAAGGAGUUUAAAACAGCACUCAGAGAGUUCUGACAGCGAGCACUGGGAGAAGCGACAGGAAGGAGAAAAUUACCCAUGGACAAAAGCUGUGAGCGCCGCGCUGAGCGGGCAUAUGCAGCCCGUGACCCAGAAGAUGGGGAAGUGGGAGAGGCCGGAGGGGCCGAGCUCAGACGAGCUCCGCUCCUGCAGCAUCGCCAAUCUGAGGGCCAAAGCCAGAGAGCACGAGGCCGAGAUCCACAGCACUGUAAACAUGUCAGGAGGUGACACACAGUCAAGAACACAGGAAGCUGAUGCCAUGCACAGUGAUUGA